AUGGAACAAAUCAAUUCGAAUAGCGAAAAAAAGAUUCAACAGAUAGAUAUAUUCAAGAGGUAUGCCAAGGCACUGAGUACAAGCGACAGGGCUCUCGAUGAAAAGGAUCAGGGCUACGGGGAGUUGGUAUUGAAUUAUGACGAUUUUAUUAAGUUGAUAUCGAACUCUCGGAAACUGUACUCCAAAUUCACAGAUCAUUCGUACAACUUGAACCAGGUGCCAGUUAAUACCUUUGGCUGCAUAUUUCUUGCCAUUGAUGAAAACAAUAAAGGUUACUUGACUAUUAGUGAUUGGUUCUAUUUCAAUAAUAUUCUUGAACAUGAGAAUUUCCAUAUAAUCCUUCUCUACGAGUUUUUCAGGAAAUUCGAUGUUGCAAGUUUGAAACAGAGCUCCAGACAAGCAAUUGAGGAUUCUGCUGGAGUCGAAAAAAGAAUAAAGCCCAUAAAUUAUGGGAACAAGUUCUUGAGUUUUGAUGAAUUGGUAUUGAACUCAAAUCAAUUUAAAAGCACUAUCAACCUAUUACAUGAGUGUGUCGAUGACGAUUACGUUAGAAAGCACGGUCUACUUCUAAAUUGGAACGAUUUUAAUUUCUUGAAGCUCUAUGAAUGUUUUCCUUACCUGGGAAAGGGCAGCGAUGAUUAUGGAAACACCCCAUAUUUGACGUUGAAUUCACUGAUAACCAUUUUGCAGACUGACCUAAAGAAUCAGCGAAUGUUCAAUGGCUUUUCAAAAUUAUGCCACAAGGAUCCAAUACACAACAAUUUGGUGCUCAACAAAGAAAAAUUGGUUUACCUUUUGAAGCUAUUUUAUUCACACAAGGUUUCUGCCGACAUAUUUGAUUCUUUAAAUCUUUCCAACACAUCUUUGUUGAAAUCCAAAAAUGAUUCGAUAUCUUACAAUGUGUUUAAAGAUAUUUUCUAUCUGUUUCAAAACUUUGACUUGCUGAACCAGGCGUUGUUGAAGUAUGCAGAGUAUAAUGACUUGGCGGAGGAUGACCUGCGCGAUUAUGUUAUCACAAAAAGAGACUUCAUGAAAAUUUUGAACGCACAGUACAAUAAGGUGAAUAAUGUUAAUGAGUUUUCUCCCUCCCAGAUCAAUCUGCUGUUCUCGAUUGUAGCGAAUUCAAAGGAAAAUAAUAUGCAAAACAAGAAAUUAAAAAAUGAAUUGAAACACCAGGACCGUGCGAUCGAUAAUGUUAUCCAGAAUAACUAUGUUCAGGGUGGGAACAACAGCCGUAAAAGUUUAGAGUCAUUUGGUGAAAACUAUCUUUCCCUCUUGGAGAACUUCACUCAGGAUACAUCGUUUAAGAAAAUUUUCAAAGCAUCGGGAGGACUGUUUGACCAUAUUUUUUAUGGUAAAAAGGAUGUUGCUACGAUGGGAUCCAAUCUGACAAUUCAAGAUUUUCUGAAAAUCUUAAACCCAAAUUACUUAAACGAUGUUGUUCACAAACUAGAAAUGCAACAUCUACAAGAUGAAUCUCUUUACAUCAAUUACUAUUUCUACCCUAUUUUUGAUUCUCUUUUCAAUUUCAUUUUAGGGUCUGCUGCUGGUUGUAUUGGUGCCACAGUAGUUUAUCCCAUUGACUUUAUCAAAACGAGGAUGCAGGUUCAAAGAUCACUUUCAAAAUAUAAGAAUUCGCUUGAUUGUUUGAUAAAGGUAGUGAAAACAGAAGGUGUCCGAGGUUUAUAUUCUGGUCUGGGCUUUCAAUUAAUUGGAGUAGCGCCAGAAAAGGCCAUAAAGUUGACUGUAAACGACUUUUUGAGAAAAAAGUUGAUUGAUAAACAGGGGAAUUUGCAUGCUUUUGCCGAAGUUCUGUCAGGUGCUUCUGCUGGUACAUGUCAGGUCAUCUUUACAAACCCCAUAGAAAUUGUCAAAAUCAGAUUACAGGUGAAAUCAGAAUCUGUAGCGAAUGCAUCUUUGACGGCCUCCCAAAUUAUCAAAAGUCUGGGUAUCAAAGGUCUGUAUAAGGGGGUAACAGCAUGUCUCAUGAGAGAUGUACCAUUUUCUGCGAUAUAUUUUCCCACCUACGCUCAUCUCAAGAAGGACAUUUUCAACUUUGAUCCGAAAGAUAAAACGAAACGAAACAGGUUGAAAACAUGGGAAUUGCUGGUUGCCGGUGCCUUGGCCGGUAUGCCAGCUGCCUUCUUGACAACACCGUUUGACGUCAUCAAAACUAGAUUGCAAGUCGAUCCACGGAAGGGAGAAACCAGGUAUAAAGGUAUAUUUCACGCAGCUAAGACAAUACUAAAGGAAGAAAGCAUACGGAGCUUUUUUAAGGGUGGUGGUGCAAGAGUCUUGAGAAGCUCUCCACAGUUUGGCUUCACCUUAGCUGCAUAUGAGCUAUUCAAGAACGCGUUCCCGUCGCUUACCGUAGAAGAAGUGAAUCCCAAGCAAGGGGGCGCCAACAAUAGCCCAGAUAACGCAAAUGCCCUUGCGUCUUUCUCGAUGAGCUAUUUCUCUGAUAUAUUUUCGAGGCUCGGUGAAGGUUCCCCAUCUUCACACAAGGGACACCAUGAACUUUUCAACCCAAUCUUUGAUCCGUAUGGGAGCAACUUUUUGAAUUACUACUACAAGAGUUGUCAGGUAGCAAAGACGUUUAUCGAUUUGGAUAAUAGCUUUUCCAAAUUUGAUCAUUCUGUCUAUAAGAAAUUCUUGGAAAUUCUCCAAGACCCUGAUAAUAAAAGCUAA